CCUUCCCUCGGCCAGGAGACCGGCGUGUGGGGUCGAGUGGCCUAAGCGGAGGGCGCGGAGAGCUCCGGGCGGUGAGGACGGCGGCGUUGGUGGCGGCGGUAACGACGGCCUCAGCAGACGGGGAAGAUGAAAGGUAGCCGGAUCGAGCUGGGAGAUGUGACACCACACAAUAUUAAACAAUUGAAGAGAUUGAACCAGGUCAUCUUUCCAGUCAGCUAUAAUGACAAGUUCUACAAGGAUGUUCUGGAAGUUGGCGAGCUAGCAAAACUUGCCUAUUUCAAUGAUAUAGCCGUAGGUGCAGUAUGCUGCAGGGUGGAUCAUUCACAGAAUCAGAAGAGACUUUACAUCAUGACACUAGGAUGUCUUGCACCUUACCGAAGACUCGGAAUAGGAACUAAAAUGUUAAAUCAUGUCCUAAACAUCUGUGAGAAAGAUGGCACUUUUGACAACAUCUAUCUGCAUGUCCAGAUCAGCAAUGAGUCAGCAAUUGAUUUCUACAGGAAGUUUGGCUUUGAGAUUAUUGAGACAAAGAAGAACUACUAUAAGAGGAUAGAGCCUGCAGAUGCUCAUGUGCUCCAGAAAAACCUCGAAGUCCCUUCUGGUCAGAGUGCAGAUACACAAAAGACAGACAACUGAACAAUUACAAAUGAACUUUCUUGCACUUGCUUGUCACCAAAUAAAAGAGAGACCCAUUGAUUUUCCCUCCCCCUUUCAGCUUCCCUUCUUCCUUGUUCUUGUUUUCCUCCUUUAUUUCCUCUUAAAGUUUUAAUACUUCCAAGGACUCUUAAAGAUGAUCAUGUUUGGAUUGUUUUAGUUCUCUUAUUUUUCUGAGGUGGUUGGAUUGAAGGAAGGAGAAAGUGGAUCUAUAUAGUUUCACAGUUAAGAUGUCUGGUCCCAAAAGUUUGGGUGUCAGAUGAUUUCAAAUUUUCUAGAUGAUUCUUUUUUUAAAUGUCCUGCUUUCACAUUGAAGGGCAGAGCCUACAACAUUGUUUAUUUCCAGAGACAGAAAGCAGAAGCAGCAAUAUCCUAUUUUCUAACUCAUAGACAAGUUUAGUGUAUUUGAGGUACUUUGCGUUUUUAAAGACUAUCUGUGGGAUGCAGAUCCCUGGACAUUGCCUUCACCCUACCUUUAGUCCUUCUGAGCACUCUCAGGAGCUGGACCAUUGCUAUCCUUCUAAGAACUACUAAGCUUAUUUAGGUUUUAAAAGCAGUUUUUCCCUUCUCUUUGCUGAUGGAUGGGGCAAUUUGGGUUGGUAGUGUUAUACUUUGGUCAGAGUAUUUCAGUUAAACUGCUUUUUUGCUAAUGAGUGGGUUGGUUGUUAGCAGGUUUAUUUUUCCUGCUGUUAAUCUUAUUACUAGAGGCAUUAAUUUGUAGAGUAUGGGCUGGUGAGCUUACCUUUUUUAAUAUCCCAGCUAGAGAUAAUGACCUUAAACUGACCUAAAGAAGUUUGUUGUAAUUUUUUUCUCCUUUCAGUAAGCCCAAUUACAGUGUAACCUUUAAAAUGGUGUUAUGUCCUUCUAGGUCAAUACCCCUAAAUAAACCUGAAGCAAGUGUUUUCUCUUAGAUAUAUAAAAAAGAAUACAUGAAAAGCGUAAAUGAACUUGUGACACAUUAUGUGUAUUUAAUAUCAACUAAUACAGGUUGUUAAAAGUGUGGCCACUGAGCAUUUGAUAAUAUAUGAAAGAAUUUCUAGACAGUAUUUUUGAAAAUAACAUAGCUAUGCUAUUGCUUAUCUGUUGGAGAACAUCCCAGAUUUGCUUACACUCUGUGCCUACAAUAUUGAGUUUAAAGAUUUGGAAUAAGAGGAUUCAUAAACAAAUUCCUUCUAUUCUUGGAAAGAUAGACGUAUAAAGUGUUAAUACAAAUAUCACUGUGACCUCCUACUGACAGGUCUGGUUUAUGCCAGGUCAUCUCCAGGCACGUGGGGAGUGGCUCUGACAGGUUGAGAACUGUAAUAUGAGAGACAUGUGAGAUACUGGUGUUUUCCUCCCAUUGUCGCAUCUCUGAUACUUGGAAUUUUUAGAUUGUCAGUAGUCAUUAAUGGCUCAAGAAAUUUUUCAUUAGACUUUAAAACAGUACACAGGGUGUGUGCUUCAUUCCAUUUGACUUUAAAAGGAAAUUUGAUUUAUCUUAUUUAAAAGUUAAAAACAAUAAGUUUGAAUUGAGUAUAUAGGCUCCCUAUCAUUAUAGUUUCUUUUUCCACACUACUCAGUGCUUUAACCUAAAUUUUAAGUGUGUGUAAAGGGUCAACUGUCCUCUAGCAAACUUGCAUUAAAUGAUUCCAUCCACUUACAUAAGGGAAAUUGUGGAAGAGGUAGGAACUGGGCUCUCAUCCAUUUGCCUGUGAAUCAGUAAAGACUAAAGUAAGUAAUGUACCAUGUUGAAUUUUUUUUUUUAAUAAAAAUAAUCUUUGAAGUAAAAUCGUAAUUCUAUUAACUGGAAGAUAACAGGCUAUAUCCAUAUUUUUCAGGACAGAUAGUUUUUACCCUGGGGUAAAUAGGUUAAAAUUACUCUGCAUGCUAUUUGCCUUUAAGUUCUAAAGAAAAAUCCGUAGAGAAAUCUAUGCAAUAUAUAAUUUGUCAAGAUUAAUUUCCAUUUGGAGAAAGGAGUUUCUGAGUAUCUCCAAAGCAGUUUACUCAUUCAUUGAAAGUCCUCCAAAAAAAGAACUAUUGGGAAACAGUGGUGUGUAGUGGUGGAAAAGAAAAACUCCCUCAGUUUUCGGAGGGAAUAACUAAAAAUACUUAAAUGGCUAAGUUUACUUGGUGCAGUUAAGAAUUACACUUGUCAAUUUUAACAUUGCUGUUACAUCUGAAAUAAACUUAUGUCAUGUUCUGGUA